CUUGGGUCAUGCAACGAUUUAUGAAUCAUGAGAGUGCGCAUGCAAGCGAGACUUUCGAAGGCUGCACAGGUGAGUUACAGUGCAGUAACGAGGGUGUGGCCAAUGGCCAUUUUGACAAGGUAAAUCGGUUCAUGACUACAAAGUCAGAAGACUCUAGAAAAGUUGGUACGGUAACUCCUGGAUAAUAAUUGAAAAGUGGAUAGAGCAAGUGUUUAUAAAAGUUGAAGGGUUUCUCUGCAUGCACACUAUUUUAACUGCACAACAAACAGCAUAUCGGUUUUGUAAGGACAUUCAGAAAGAAUUGCGACGGUAUGAGUGGCAGGAAUGAAAAGAAGACUCCGGUCGCAGAAAUAGGUACAGCAGAGGCAACGACGGAAGAUCUCGGAAGCUCGUUUAACUCCAAACGGUGGCUCUCGUCAUUUACCGCUGACAAACCUACUCCAGUUCUUCAAAAACAUGGUAACGGCGGUAAUUCAAUGGAUGAUGGGUUGUUCGUGGAUUACGACUUUCCAAUGGGAGAUAUGAUUCUUCAACCCGCCAUGGAAUGGAGACGCCCAAAGGAUAUCUGCCCUUCAGCACAGUUCAUAGUGGAUGGAGCAACACGUAUGGACGUGUGUCAGGGAGUUCUGAAUGACUGCUGGUUCCUGUCUGCGGUGGCAUCCCUCUCCCUGUAUCGCCCGCUGAUGGAGCGGGUGGUGCCCAAUGGGCAGAGCUUCCAGGAGGGUUACAACGGCAGCUUUUACUUCCAGUUCUGGCAGUACGGCGAGUGGGAGAAGGUGAAGGUUGAUGACCUGCUGCCUACGCAAAAGGGCAAGCUGAUCUACCUGUGCUCCUCAGAGAAAAGAGAGUUCUGGAGUGCUCUGUUGGAGAAGGCCUACGCCAAGCUGAAGGGAGGCUAUCGGGCCCUGAACAUGGGCUUCCCCCACGAGGCCAUGGUGGACAUGACAGGGGGCAUAACGGAGGUGCUGACUGUGGCUUCUCUGCCCAAGGACCUGGCAGCCUUCCUCAAGCCCAUUCUGGCCAAGGGGGCACUCAUCAACUGUGCCAACUGCCAGGGCCCCCUUGAGCAGAGGAAUGAGUUUGGAAUCAUGUUCAGACAUGCCUACUCUGUAACCGGGCUUGAAAAUGUGAAGACGAAGUAUGAGACUGUGGAGCUGGUCCGUGUUCACAACCCCUGGGGAAAGAUGGAGUGGGAGGGACCCUGGAGUGACAUGAAUGGGCCUGAGUGGAGUCAUGUCUGUGAGGAGGAGCAGAAGCGUCUGGACAGGGUUCAGAAGGAGGAUGGGGAGUUCUGGAUGGCAGUGUCAGACUUCCGUCAGAACUUUGAGUCGAUGGAGGUGUGUCACCUGAGUGAGGAGACCCUGAGCGAGCCGGGCGCCACACAGAGGCCAUGGAACUGCACGAUGCAUCAUGGGAGCUGGGUUCCACACAUCUCCGCCGGGGGCUCUCCCAAAGGGGGCUGGUUCUGGCAGAACCCUCAGUUCCACUUGACCCUGCUGGAGGAGGACGAUGACCCCAGUGACCCUGAGCUGACCUGUUCCUUCCUAGUGGCCCUCAUGCAGAAGCACCAGAGACUCAGAGGAGUCCACCUGGGCAUCGGCCUGGAUAUCUACAAGGCUGCCUCAGAGUGCUCUUACCUGUCCUCUUUGGACCUGAGCUUGCGCCGCCCACUCAUCAGCACCCAGGGUUACGCCCAGCGAACGGAGGUGGUGAUUCGUGGUCGCCUGGCGCCCGGCCAUUAUGUCAUCAUCCCCUCCACCGCGGAUACCAAUCAGCAGGGAGAGUUCAUCCUGCGGGUGUUGACAGAAAAGGGCAACAAUGCGACGCCAGCUGAGAAGCCCGGCACUGAAGUAAACUCCCCCACACAGAUCUCCCUCUUGCGGCUCUCGUUUCCACACCUGUCGGUUCUGCCCUCUCCUGAGGCCACACGACAGCUCUUUAAAAAGCACCGCAACAAGAAAGGAGAGUGUCGACCUUUGGAGCUUCUCAACCUGCUUACCGAGGCCAUAAAAGGCGGAGUGCUGGCGGGGAGCGAGAAGAAGCUGGUCCUGGAGCACUGCAAGAGCUUUGUGGUCCUCACGGAUAGUCGGGGGUUAGCUCAGCUGGACUGGCAGGGGUUCCAGGCACUGUGGGACAAGAUCAGGAAAUGGACAGAUAUAUUCUUGACGUUUGAUAAGAACAAAUCCCAGUUGCUGGAGUACCCUGAAGUCUCACCUGCCUUGAAAGCUGCAGGCAUGGGGGUGGAUGACUUCGUCCUGGAGCUGAUAGGCCUGCGCUACACGGAGCCAGACAUGACAAUCAGUUACCCCGGUUUCCUUUACCUGCUGAUGAAACUGGACAGCAUGAUUCAUAAAUUUCAAGCCUAUGACAUUGUGGGAAUGGGGACCAUAUCAGUUAGCUACAGACAGUGGCUCCACAUGACGAUGUACAACUGACCCGCUCUCACUGGUUUUCAUCCCCUCCGCCGGCUCAACUGGGUUUUGGUGCAGCAUUGUUUUAAAUGAAAAGUUUCAGCUCUAUUUUGCAAUAAAGACUUUCAAUUAUUUGUGCCGAACAUCAGAUUUUAGCAACUAAGUGCAUGCUGUAAUUCUGUUUCACUUUCCGUUGACUGGGAAUGUUUUGAAAAAUGUAUGUUCUGCUGAGAGACUUUAGUGUGUGUAAAUAUCCGCUUCAAAUGCGGGGUGAUCUUGUUUUCUGAAUAGUGAGAAAAAAAGCACAUACCAAAACCAGUGGUACUGUGGCAAACGUUCAAGCAAUUUCCUGUUGUGCAAUUAUUACACGAGUGUUAAAUAAGUCAGACUGAUUUCAGAAGCUAAAAAUGUAGCUUGAAGUACAGCUGCUAAUUUUGUAAUCAACACACACACACCCCAGACUUAUUAAACAAUCUAAAAUAACUGGAAUUAGGAUCAGUAAACGUUGAUAUCAAAGGAGAACAGGUGUAGUUGCACACCUUUGAAUGAAAUGUCCUUUUCCCCAUGUACUAGCUUCACCUGCAACAGGCUUUUUGAAAAAGGAGAUGCCAAAUCUAGGUCUGUCAUUACAAGUAAAUAUAAUUCAUUAGAAAAUGGA